AUGGGUUACCCAAAUGAGCACGGAUGCCCAGAAGCUGCUUUGACUGCGCUCGGGUGGGAAACACUUAAGGAACGUCGAUUUGAAUCGAAAGCCAGACUCAUGUAUAAGAUUAUUCAUGGUUUUGCACCUACUGCGCUUACUGAAAUAUUUUCUAGUGCUUCAGUUGUCAGAUCUCAUGACUACAAUUUACGUAAUUCUGACAUGAAGCUCAAUCUUCCUUUUUCUAAAACGGAAUAUUUAAAAAAGAGUAUAAGUUUCAAUGGUGUUAAAUUGUGGAACGAUUUACCUAUUGAA